GCAAAAUGAACAUUAUUUUAUUUAUCAAUAUAACUUAUAUUACAUUAAAUUUUGUGUAAAAAGAAUGAUACAAAUUAAAAAGUUACAUCGGAAAUAAUUUUUUAUUAAAAGCAUUUCGAAUUUUAUAUCUAUAAAUAUAUAAACUUUAAACUCAUUACUACAUUUGUCUGUUUUUUAAAAUAAUAUGGAUAAUAUGGAUAAAAUUAUUUGAUUUUAUUUAAUAUAAAAAUAUUAAAUUUUAAAAGAAGAAAAAUAUUAAAUUCUAAAAUCAAAUAAAAAAUAUAAAUUUUAUGAAUCAAAUAAAAAUGGUGAUUUGGCAUUUCUAUAUUUCAAUAUUUUAUUUAAAUAUUAUUGCAAUUAUAUUACAAUAUAUAUAUAUAAUAUCUUAUAAAUUAAUAAUAAAUGCAAUAUGUUUCAUAUUAUUUUUCUAUAUAUAUAAAGUAAUAUUUUCAAAUGUAAAUAAAAGAUAAUUGCUAACUAUGCAUAUAAUACUUAUGAACAGUUCAAUUUCCUUAGUAUACUGCUGCAAGGCUAUUUACAAGUAGGAUAUUUUACCUAAUUUAAUAAAAUAUUUGUAUAGUAACUAUUAAAAAAUUAUACUACAGAAUCAUACGUAAAUCAUAUGUAAAAGCAAGUUUUUCUAGAGUCUUAAGCAAAUUUUUCUCUUUUUUUAAUUCUUAAUUUCUAUGAUAAAGAUUGAUAUCAUAUAUAUAUAUGUACUCAUUAGAGAUAUAAUAUGAAAAUUCUCAUUAUUAAUUUUCACUAAAAAAAAAAACUUAUAACGUCAGUAUAUAUUUAUAUUCAUAUUUAUCACUGUAAAAACAAAAUUGUUUAGAGAUAAACAAAUCUUAUAUUCCUUGAUUUUUUUUUCUUUCUUAUUUUUGUCUCAAAAUAUAGAACAAUAUAUAUAGAUAAAAGAAAAUCUUAAUUUCAACUUGAUAAAUAUAAUUUUUAUUCAGUGAUUUUUUUUUUUACUCACUAUACAUUCAUGAAAACACAUUUGUAGAGAGAAGACAUUUAUUAUUAGAUGUAAUGAUUUAAUUUAUAUUUUUACGUAUGUGUGUAAAAAAAAUCUUUAAGUUUUAAGGAUUAAUAAUAAUGAUGAUUGAAUUUAUUUACUGAGAUAUAAAUAUAAAAUAAUGUCACAUCAAACACGCAUUGAUCAAUUUUAUAAAAUAGCCGGCAAUAAAUAUCCUUCGCAUGUAAUUAAAAAGCAUUCUAGGUUAAAAACUGUGCCGUAUUUAAAAAGUAGAAAAAAAGAUAGAAAUAGAAAACAAAAUGUUUCAUUGUCACAACAUAUAGAAUCUGAUGAUGUAUCAGAUUGUACUAUUAUAUAUGAAAAGUCUAAUGAAAUGCUUGAUAGCUCUUUAAAUGAUAUAAAAAUGAUUCAAUAUGAUGACGAAAUAAUAAAAAAUAUAUCUUAUGAAAAUGAUCACUUGGAAGAAACAUCAAAUAUUAAUAUGCAAUUACAAGAAAAUAAAUUAAGUAACGAUUAUAUGAAAACAUUAGUAUUUAAUAAUAAUUCUCAUUUAAAGAAAACUCCAACUAAAGAAUCAAAUUCUGCAAAUACAAAACAAAGGACUCCAGAUAAAAAUAAUUUUUCAUUACAAAAUAUUAAUAGUUCUUCUAUACAUAAAAAAUUAAGCUACACAUCUAGAAUAUCAUUUGAAAAUAAAUCUCAAAUUAUUGAAAAAAAAAACUUGUUUGAUGAAAACAUUAAUAAUUCUAUUAUCAUUCAGACUAUUAAAAAUAUGAAUUUAGUAAAACAAGGUGCUAUUUCAUUACAUAAUUUUGAUCUAGAAAAAAUAUAUUCUAAAAAUACAUUUGAUUAUCAAUAUAAUGAUAUAAAUACUGAAAAUUUAAUGAAAUAUGAUUUAAACAAUAUAAAUUUAUGCAAUGAUUUGAAUUCUAAAAUCUUAUUCAUUACUAUUUUUAGUGUACUUUCUCUUCCUAUUAAUUGUGGUUAUUUUGAUGAAAAUGAUCUUGAUUUUAUAUAUUCUAUAAUUACCCUUCCUAUAAAUGCUCAAAUGUUAUUGGCUAAAAUGAUAAAAAGAAAAAGAAAAUGGUUUAGAAAAAAUAACAUAAAUUAUCCAGAAAUAGAUACAGAGUUAAAAGAUAUUUUUCAAAUUCUUGUUUCACGAUCUAUUUGUACUUUUGAUAUUCAAAAAGAAAACUUAUCUAUAAUACUUGAAUUAUUACAAGUAAAUGAAAUUCAACAACUUUGUAAGAACAUGAAAAUUAAUCCUAAAGGAAACAAAAAAAGUAAUAUACAAAAAUUAUUAAAACUAUCAAGCAAUAAACCUUUAUUUCCUGGAAUAAAAUCCCCAAGUAAUUUUUUAUAUGCUUCAAUACUUGAUAUAUUAGAUUAUUGUGUAUGCAUUACUACUAAAACAUGGGAUAUUAUUGAUAGAAUUAUAACAUUAUUAAUACCAAAUCAAAAUCCAAGAGAUAGUACAUCAGAUAUAUUUUAUUUUUUAUGUGAUGUUUAUUUAGGAAAGACAAUAUUUCCAAAUAAUACUGGAUAUUAUUUUCCAGUAUUUUCUUGUAAAUUACAUUUGACAAGUUAUGUGCAAGCUAAAUCUAUAUUAUCUACAACAUUACAAUAUAUUGAAAAGAAAGAUUGGAAAAAAGUACAAGAAUAUGGAAAUUUAGCUAUGGAUAUAUUACCAAAUUUAUUGGAAAUUGAGUCAUUAAAAUUAAAAAAUUCUAUACUUCCUAUGCAUGUAAGACAUUAUAUGCCAGGAUAUAUAUGGUUAAAAAUACUUUCUAAAUGUAUAGAAGCAUUCAAAAAGAAUCAAGAUAAAAAGCAAGUAGUAGAAAUUUUAUCAUUUCUUUUAAAACAAAACUGUCAUAUGCUUUCAUAUAAAGGAAAAUGGUACGAGGAAUUAACUCUCAUUGAAAUGCAUCAUCAUAAAAAUAUAGAAAUAUCUGCAUCUAUCAUAAUCCAAGCCUUAACAGAAAACUUGACACAAGUAGAUAAAGUAAAUCUUAUAGACAGAGCAAAUAAAAUAGUCAAGAAGAAGGUAAUUAAAUCAAUUACAAAAACUACUAUUAAUAAAAUUUUGGAUGAUUAUAUUCCUCAUAUGCCAAAAUAUAAACCAACAUCUAUCAUUAUAAAUGCCACAGCAAUGCCAAGAAAUACUGCAGGAAAUAAAAGUAUUUGGUGUAUAGAAAGUAGUAUUGAGAAUCAAACUUAUGGCUCUGUAGAAACUGUUGCAUUCCAUCAUUAUCAGAAACAAGGAUUUCCCAAUGGAUUACACUGUGAAGGUGCACUACCAAAUAUACUAUUUUGUACUUUAUUUUGGGAAGAAUUAUAUGAUAUACAUAUUCCUGGAGCAUUUGUAACACCAUAUCAAGAUGCUCCAGAAGAUUUAUAUACAGAUCAGUUUUAUAAAAAUAGAAAAGAAAAAAUAGAUAUGAAACUUAAAAUAAUUAGUGAUUUAAGUUCUGAAUUAUUAAGUUCUAAAAUGAAAGAAAAAUUUAUAAUAUUUAAACAAUAUCGAUCAGUAAUGUUAACAAAUUUGGAUAAUAAUUUACAAUUGGAGGAAAUAGUACACUGUUUGGGAGUACAAGGUGUAGUAGGGAUUUGUAAACGACUCAUCGAAAAUUUUAAACUUUGGAGAGCUGGAUUUCCAGAUUUAAUUGUUUGGAAUUAUGAUACCAAAAAACAUAAAAUUAUAGAAGUAAAAGGUCCUCGUGAUGUUCUUUCAACAAAGCAAAAAUUAUGGUUAGAAUACUUACAUCAACUUGGACUCAAUAUUGAAGUAUGUUUAGUACAAGGUAAAUAUUCUACAUGCUCAAAAUGUUUUCUUUAUACUCAGAAAUCAUAAUCCUAAAGCUUCUGGUACAGUAACAGUGCAAGGACCUUGAAAAUGAUACCUUUAAAAUAAUACAUAUAAUAAUAUUAUUUUGUUGCAGAUAAAUGCUGAAAUCUAGAGAGAAAAAAUUAAAGAAUUUAAUAAUUCUAAAUAAAUUUUAUAACUUUUUGUUAUAAGAGAAAAUAUUUUAAUUAAGAUAUUGAUAUAGAACUUUUAAUAUUUUAAUAGAGUAUUUUAUUUUAAUAUAUUGUUAUUUUUUUUAAUUAUUUUUUAAUUAUUAAUUUUUUUUAAUAAAAUUUUUUAUAUAACUAUUAUAUAAAAUGCUUUCAAUAUUUUUAAUUUCAACUUACUCAAAAUAUGAUGUAGCAGGAGUUGUUUCCAAAUUAAAUUCAGCAACAGGAAUUCCAUGCUGUGCUACAUAUGGUGCAAACAUUGCUGCAGGAUAAACAAUAGAUGAUGUACCAAUGACCAGGCAAACAUCACAAUUUUCAACAGCAAUAUCUAAUAUUUUAAUAGAGAAAUUAAAAUAUAUUUUUAUUUUAUUGAAUAGAAAUUUAAUUUAAAUCUUAAUUUAUAAUACAGAAAAAUUAACUUAAUGGAAAAAAUUGAAAUCUGAUGAAUAAUCAUUGGAAAAAAUUUUAUUAAUUGUCAUAAGAAAUAAUUGCAAUUCGAUUAAUCGAUAUUUUACUAUUAUUAAUCAUUAUUAUACAUUUUAUUAAAAUUUUAUAUUGCAUUUUCAUAUAAUAAAUACUUACGUGCUUGUUGCAUUA